AAAUAAGGACAACUUUCUUGACAGUUAAAACAAUCAGUGGAACUGCUUCCUUUCAGAAGUUGUGGGUUCUCCAACACUGGAGGUUUUGAAGAAGCGAUUGGACAGCCACUUGUCUGGAAUGAUGUAGGAUCUCCUGAUUGAGCAGGGAGUUGGACUAGAAGACCUCUAAGGUUUUCUUCCAACUCUUGUUAUUCUGGUUUCUAAAUCUAUAACCAGUCCAUCUUAUUAAACCUUAGCCUGUUUCACCCCAUCCAAACUCAGCCUCCGGCCAUUGGGACAGCAACACUUUGAUCACAUUUUUUCUUGGGGUGGAGAUGAUGCCCCCAGUAAGAAGGAAAGGGCCAAGUUCUGGAGCAUCUUAACUCAGAGUAGAGGUUGUCAAGGCAAAGGGGCUAUUAUUGAUAUCUCAAGGCAAAUCUGUGAUCACAUAAUACUGUUGAUGAGCACCUGACUACAGCAAAAGCAAGGUAAUCCUGCUGUCCUCUCCAGUUCGGAUUAAAUCAUCCUUAUCUAUAACGUUACAGUAUUUUUCCUCUUACUGAGACCGUUCAAGGACAGCCUCAAGUCCCAGCAAAAAUGCAUCGUGAUUUUUGCACUGGUUUGCUGCUUUGCAAUUCUGGUUGCACUGAUAUUUUCAGCUGUGGAUAUUGUUGGAGAAGAUGAAUAUGGACUUACAGAAAAAAACUGUCAAAAUAACUGUCGGUAAGAGAGUUGCUCUUGUGGAAAAUAUUCCUGAAGGCAUAAACUAUUCAGACAGUGCACCAUCCCAUUUGUCUCUUUUCCAGGGAUGGAUGAAUUUACUUAAUAUGGCUAAAGCAUCUGUUGACAUAGUAUCUUCCCAAUGGAACCUCAGUCACAGUCAUCCAACUCCAUGGCAGGGGCAACAAAUUUUUGAAAAAUUGGAAGAAUUAUUGUCCCAAAAUAUUGAAAUAAAAUUAGUGAGUGAUAUUCUUCACAAGAAGUCCAAAUUAUUAAUUGACUUGGAAAAAAAGGGUGCAGAAGUGAUAUAUGUAAAUUUAACGGCUUAUAAUGAUGGUCAUUUGCAGUCAUCAUUCUGGAUUGUGGAUAAGCAACAUGUGUACAUUGGAAGUGCCAGUUUAGAUUGGAGUUCAUUGGGGCAGAUGAAGGAGCUUGGUACCAUCUUAUACAACUGCAGUUGCCUGGUUUUAGAUUUACAAAGGAUAUUUGCCUUGUACUGCUCCUUGAAAUCCAAGAGCAAAGUUCCACCCACUUGGUCUAAAAGACUGUAUGCCGUGUAUGGCACUAAAAAUAAACUGCCUCUUAAGUUGAAUGAAACCAAGUCAGAAGUCUUUGUCUCAAAUUCUCCAAAGCUCCUAUGCCCUAAAGACAGAAUUCUGGAUACUGAUGCAAUCUAUAGUGUGGUAGAUAAUGCUGAACACUUUAUAUACAUAGCUGUUAUGGACUAUCUGCCUAUUGUUAAUAUAAUAAAUGAGACAAGGUACUGGCCUUUUUUGGAUGGAAAAAUCAGAGAAGCACUGAUUCUGCGUAAUAUUAAAGUGCGACUCCUUAUAAGUUUCUCCAAAGAAACAAAUCCCCUCACUUUUAACUUUAUUUCAUCUCUUAAAGCAAUUUGCACUGACGUUUCUAACUGUAGUUUAAAAGUUAAAUUCUUUGAUCUUGAAUCAGAAGGUGCAUGCUUUAUUAAGGAGCCAAAAAACUCUUCUCUUCUCAAGCUAAAUCGCAAUAAAUAUGUGGUGACUGAUAGAGCUGCUUAUAUUGGUAAUUUUGACUGGGUUGGGACCUAUUUUAAUCAGAAUGCUGGAGCUGGUCUUGUCAUCAACCAUGCAGACACGGGGAACAAAACCAGCAUAAUUAAACAACUUAAAGCUGUGUUUGAAAGGGAUUGGUAUUCACAUUAUGCUAAAAGUUCAACAGCAAAGAUCUCAAACUGCCUAAUCUACAAACACAGCAAAGCCGCAGCCAAUAAGUCUGCCAUAAGCAAUAUGAACUGACGCCUCUUUUACUGUUCAGCAUCACAGCCAAGGGAAAAAUAGAGUAGGACUGAUGCUGACUGGCACUUUCUUAUUUAUGGACAAUAGACUUUUUUAAAAAUAAAAAAAAUUUAUAGUAAAAAAGCACACUUACAUAAAAUGUUCUUUAAACUAUAUUCUGUAUACUGUAUUAUUUACAAAUGUUAGAUUUGUUACUGCUGACAAUGAAUGUCUUUUCGGCCUUGCUAUUUAUUUGGACAUAUUCAUAUUUAAAAGCAUGCUCGAUUUCUUAGUUUAAAAGUUAUUUCUACCUCUCUCUGCUAUAUAGUAAAAUGUAUACACAAAGUAAGUUUGAUUAUGGAAAAAAAUUCUUAAAAGAUUUGAUAGUAAGUGCAGAUUUCCCUCAGUCCCACAAUUUAAGUACAUACAAACCCUUUAUUGUAUAAAUAGCAUAUUCCCAGUUUAAGAUACUGAUUGUCUACCUGAAUUUCUAAUACUAUGUCCAACCCAGAUAUAUUUAAAUGACCUGUUGUUACUUGAACCUCUAAAACAAAAUUGUAAAGGGAAUUGUUCUAAUCAACUAUAACCAUUAGCUUCUGCCGGUCAUACACUAAUGUACUUUGAUUUUCUGAGGGGGGGGGGAAAUGAAAUUAUGCCUUAAUCCCUACAAAAUACAUUUUAAUUUUUUUAAAAAAUAUGAGACAAUAAUAGGUUGCAUGUAACUUUGUUACCUGCCAUAUUGAAGUAAAAACGUUUGUCUCUGUGUAAAAUCGUUUCUGCAGGUCUAAAGCUCACAUUUAUUGUGUGAAGAAAUGGGGCAUAGUCCACUAGGGUAGUGUUUCUCAACCUCGGCAACUUUAAGAAUUCUCCAGCCACUGCACUAGGGAUUUAGAGGCAAUUCACACCUUUUUUCCUUUCCAGGCAGCCCACAAUGGAGGAUGAGCAUUCACGCACGUGUCCCUCCUCAUUUCCCAUAUAACUCACUAAGCAACCUCUGAUCUCCUGCAGAAGGACAGGAUCAUUCUGAUGAACACCAUGGAAACCCUCUUGAUGUCAGCAAUUGUGAUGCAAAUGAAUGGUGAUAUGAGGUUUACUUAACCUUCUGAUAAGAUACUGAGAGAUUUUAAAAUAAAGUUAAAAGUUAAUGAUUUUGGUGGUAGUUGAUGGUUGAAUACCGUGUUAGCAGAAAAGGGCUUUAUUUUAAAAAAUAUGAUGAGUUCUUCUAUUAUUUAAGAUGUCUAUCCUUACUGUUCAUGCAGAAAUAAUUGUUCCCAGUUUAACAUUUUUCAGAUAAAUAUUCUUAGACUAACUUUUCUAACAUCUAAAUGACUUUGUGUGUUGUUCAUUUAUUUUUUUUAAAAAAAUAGCUAACUAUAACAAUAAUGUCAGUUGAGUACUUAUUAAAUAAACAUAAAUCCUCAUAGAUUUCUAAAGCUUACAAGAUAGUCUGUAGAAUUUCUGAUUAUAAAGUGAAUUUAAUUUUAAAUUCUUAAAUUUUGAGAAAGAGAAGCAGACUGAUUAACAUAACAAAAGCAUUUCUUGUAGGCAAAUGUAAUAUUUCACAUUCAAACUACUCACUCUGUAUCAGCAAGCCUAUCAUUAGCAUUUAAAAUAUUUAUAAAAUAAAUUUCUACUAAACUAAAAUUAAUCCAUGAGUUUCCCUUACAAAGUGAAAAUCCAGGAAAAAUAUGGCAGCCUUAUACCGUAGUUCUAGAGCAAUGUUUAUAUGUAUACAAUUGUUUUUAAGUUGUUUUUAAGUUAUAACAGCCAGGCUGUUGUGAUAGGUUGGAAAAGUUGCUCAGAAGCUGUAUUUUCAUGUCAAGUUCUGGGCAAUUGCCUAUAAAUUGUUAAAGUAGCCAUUUGUCAAUAACCCAUCAGUUCCAUUUUCAGAAGUCACAUGCAUAUUCUUUUGCUAUAGAUAUAAGCUUCCAAAUUUCAGCUUGCUCAAUAUUGAAGGCAAAGUAUUCAGCAUCGAUAAAUUAAAUUACUUUCUUCUGGCUGAGCAGGAAAGUUUGAUUUGUUUGAAAUGGAAAGUGAAGGCACUAGUUUUCAGAACUAGUUGAUAUGAUACAUGAUAAGGAUUGCAAUGACGCUGGAAGUAGAUGAACGGAAGCCCCAAAACUUCAAGACUAUCCAUACAGUCUCUUCAUAUCAGUCAGAAGUAAACUGACUAGAAUUGCACUGUAAAGCUUUCUUUUAAACUGAUUUCCUCAGCUUACUUACUGCAGAUAUAUUCUCCUCCUUUUGUCUGUCACAUCCAUUAUUUUAGUCUAGAAUUUUUGUGUUCUAAUGAUGCUGAACUCCUUCUAGCAAUUUAUAAUUUCUGAUAGAGGACAAUAUUUGUAGCUCAAAGUUGAAAUGAUCGGCCCUUGGCGCUCUAUGAGGUUGGCUGUUUUCUUGCAGACAUAUUAUACAAACUAGGUAACAUCAUCAGUGCACUGAUGAUGUUACCUAGUUUGGGUAAUGAAUCAUCUGCAAGAAAACAACCAAGCUCAGAGAGCGCCAAGGGCCCCUCAGUCUGUGAUUUACCUAUAGAAAAGCCUGUAACAAUAUAUAAUUCAAUCAUAGUUUUUACAGUUUAUGGAAACAAGAGAGGUGUUCAUGCAGAAAAUGUGCUUUGUUUCCUGCACAGAACAUCAUGAUUUACAAGAACAUUGUGAUUUGCAAGUUUGUCAUGGCUGCCUAAUUUAUUUAUUUAUUUACAUAUCUGGUAUAACAAUGUUUUCCAUAAAUCUGGAAUCCAAAGCACCUUUGGAUUAUACAGAUAUAGCAUGUGAGAUUUUCAGGCUUCAGAAGUCAGGGAGGACAGCUAGAUUCAGAAAAACUCUUAACUUUUUGUUGUCAUUAACUGAUCAUUGGAAGGAAGAGUUAGGUUCUUUAAAUGUUUAUCCAGUGGUGGGAUUCAAAUAUGUGAACAACUGGUUCUCUGUGUGGAUGCUGCUUCCGGAAGUCCAUUCUAGGCCUGGGCAACAAAAAAUUAGCUACCAGUUCUGCCGAACUGUUGCGAACUGGUUGAAUCCCACCACUGUGUUUAUCCUCCAAAAGAAAAUGCAUCUUGUGGGCUGGUGGCAUCCCCUUCCUAUUCCUGCAAAAAAAAAAAAAAAAAGAUUGUGAUCUCUGUAUGAAAGAAAGAUAGACAUAACACUUGUGAGAAACAGUGUCUCCUUGCUAGCUGCCAUCCAUGCUAAAUUCAAAUUCCUCGGCAAAUAAUUCUUUGAUACUUGAAGUGCUAUAGAAAAUCUGCCAUAACUAUCAAACCAACUUCAAAAACUUUGCAGCAGAAUGCACCGCUGCAUCACAGAAAUAUAUGGUCUGAAGGGAAUUUGGAAGUCAUCUAGUCUAGCACUUUCCAGAAGCCUCAGAUUUUCCAUCAGAUGGCUCUUUUUAAACACUUCUGUGCAGUCAACAGUGCACAAGAGGAUAAAUGCAUACUUAUGUUUGAGAGAAUUCAUAAUGCAGAGGGUACGUGGAUGGAUAUACAUUGACACCCCCCCCAGCCAAACACUCCAAAAACUAGCCAACCACAUUGAAACUCUGAUUUUUGAAUUCAUGCAAAAUUCUUUUUUAAAAAAUCCAAAGACAGAGUUAAACCAAAGCAAAUUGUUUGUCUAAAACUUCAGAAAAAACAAUGACUAAACUACAAUGAUGAUAAAUUUGCUGUGUUUAGCUGUUGUGGAGUUAUUAGAGUGCCUUGCGAAUCACAAUUAACAGUCACUGGUUUCAUACAGAAAGACUUCCUGAAUCUCCAUCAAGAAAACAAACUAAGGGUCCUGGUGUUGGGACAGAUGGAGCUCAACAUGGCUUUGGUAAAGCAGAUUAUUGUUUGUGAGGUUUCAGAUAUGAUCUAGAUCAGGAGUGUCAAACUGCUGGCCUGCGGGCUGGACGCGUCAUCCAGAAGCCACACCCACCCCAUUGCCAGCAAUAACCAAACUGUCCCGAUAUUUUGUGUGACGUCACGUGACAUUGUGAGUUUGACAUGCCUGAUCUAGAUCAUUUUUGCUUAUUUAUUUACUGUUAUAAUUUUUAAUAUUAAUCCUACCUCAGCAAGAGAUACCUUUCAUAGUUGAAUAAUUAUCACAUUAACAUGGGAUUUAAAGAACAGGUUGAUAUGGAUGUUGCAUUUUAUUAUCCAAUAAAUAAUGGAUUCCACUAUCAACAUGCUUUCAAGGGGUGCUAAAUUAGAAAAUAAUGCCUGGGGACCCCUUGCUUAGGCCUUUGAACUUUAUAACCCAGGAGACUUAGGAAAUCCUCAUGCCAUCUUUUUAGAGGCAAAUAAAUCCACUUUUUGCAGUGGUCAGAAUCACUAUUUGAAAACAAUAGAAACAGAAUUUAGAAGUGGCAGGAAUAGAGCCAUAUGUUUGUGUGAUACCUUCUGUUGUCAAAGAGUAGAGAAGUCUAAAUUUUUUAAAAAUCACAUGGCUAUUUGUAACCAAGGUUGAAGGAUCAUGAGCCAUCAGGAGUGUCAAACUGCCAGCCUGCGGGCUGGAUGCGUCAUGGAGAAACUGCGCCCACCCCAUUGCCGGCAAUAGAAAAAAAGUUGUGAUACAUUGCGACACGUCAUGUGACAUUGCGAGUUUUACACCUCUGGUCUAGAGUGUUACAGGAAUUCUCACACAGAGGGAAAAAUAUGGAAAAUAAAUAAUUUACCCAAAUACUUUAUCCCUAGAUUCACAUUCCUUUUAUGUGAACUGUUUAUCAGAGGAAAAGGACAGUUCUACUUCAAUACUUUAGUUACUUGAGAUAAGCCUUACCAAUUUCCCAAACAAGAGUUCCUUGCAUUGCUUAGACCUGCUAUGGUCUUGUGUUUUCUAGUGCACCUGUGGGAAAUGUAAUUUGCAAAAAACAAGUUGCUACAAACUAUGUCUACCUUAUAUUAGAGCAAUGCGCUUUAAUUUCCAAAGGCUGAACACAAGGCAAUUGCUGCAUGCUUAUAUAAUUCAGUUUUAUGAUAUGACUUUGAUGAAUGCCUAUGCAUUGUAACUGCUUUAUUACAACAAUAUUCAAUGUUUUAUACUCAGUUUUUUAAAACAAGUAUAUACUGCAUGAUUCCAUAAUUGCUGUUGUCUGCAUAAAAUACAAGCAACUGAGCAAUAUGUGAUGUUAAGUAUAAUUACAGUAGUUAACUUCAAUCCAUUGCAACAUCUAGAUGUCACAAGACAUUAGAGACAGAUGGGAAACAAUGUAAUAGGAAGCCCAUUUCAGCAGAUAGCGGGCUUGCUUAUACAUGAGUCAGUAAUCAGUAUGUGUUUGUUACUCCACGUACAUAUGGAGUUAGAGGCCUUAGCAAAUCCUGGACAACACUUGCAUAAUUCAAUAGGGCUUUGAAUAAAUUAGUGUUGGCAGAAUCAUAAGGGUAAUUAUAAAAAUAUGGGAUUUUUAAAAUAGCCCCAAAUAUAGUGCAAUUUUUUUUUAGAUAUGCUGGUGGAAGUCCAUUUUGUUUUUUUUAAAAGGAAAUGUAUAAAGCCAGCAUUCUCCAAGUUAGUGCCCUGCAAAUAUAUUAGGAUUCAGAUUAUGCAAGGCUGGUCUUGUUAGGACCCUGAAUUGUAGUUCAAAUCUAUCCUGGAACUAUAUAUUUGAGGACAUGCAAGGCGUGAUGGCUAUUGUACUUGGCAUUAUAAACAGUAUGUGUUAAACAAUAUGAUAAGCAUGAAACAGAAAUACAUACUAGAACAUUUGCUAAAAUUAUUUUAUUUCAUUAUGUUGCAAAAACGUAAUCCCAAACCAAGGUAGGCUUUUUAUGGUGAGGAACUCUUGAAAAUAUUAAGCAUUUAAAGACAUUCUGUAGGAUCCAAACUAUUGUUUAGGUUGACCAUUAAUUUGGCUUUUCUGUCACUGAACAGCAGCCUUAGGAGCAAUGCCUGACUGUGAAGUGGGCCAUUGUUUAGAGCAGCAUUCCCUAUUUUGGAGCUCUCCAAGUGUCUUUGAGAACUCCUACCAUCUCAUUUAAUAUUGUUAAGCCCCCUAGAGUAACUUGUAGUAAGAUGGGCAGCCAAUAAAUUGGGUAAAUAAAUAAAUAAAUCUCCAGCACAAUCCAAAUGGGUUAGGAGUGAAGAGAGGGAUAAUUCAACUUGUCUGGGGCAAAUCACAUGUGGAAAACUGAUUUACAGUGUUACUAAAUGUAACCAAAGAUAAAAUACUUGAUCAUUUGUUUGAACCUAAAUGGGAAUACCAAAGGGAUGGAUUGAUAUAGAAAUCUCUUUUUAUCAUAUUUCAUAUUUAAAAAUCAUUACUUUAAGUCACCAGAAAAUUAGAAUUCAUGUUUGAAAGAAACUUCAUGUUAUAUUUAUAAUGCUAAUUAUAAGUUAUACUUAUAGUGUAUACCAAAUUGUCAAUUAUAUAACACUAAUGAAAUGAUUGUAUAAUGCAUUAAUUUAAAGCUGUGCAAAUAUUACUUUUUAAUGUAAUUGUUAUUAGUUUUUCUCAUAACUUUGUUAUAUAAAAAUUCCUGAUAUUGCACAGAAUGUAUUUCACAUAGCAUGUUUGAUCCGUUUUAUUUUUCGGUGCAAAUUUUCAGGCUAAGCCGAUUAACUUUUUAUUUCACAGAAAUAAAAGCAACAUGUUUCACUAUA